GGUUGCUAAGAGAGGGCCCAGACCGAAGAAGGUUUGGUGGAAAGCAGAACCUUGGUCUCCAUCUAACUGCUCCUAAGCCUCACGUUCCCUUGCCCUGCGCAUCCUGUUGCUUCCCUGAUUGACCUUCUCCGUGACCUGUAGCUAAACCUUCCACCAGCGCUUGAGAACUUAAUUUGAACCGGAUCCUUUCCCAGACCCCUUUCUCCUCCUCCUCCUCCUCCUCUUCCACCUCCAGGUGCCCAACAGCCCCCUUCUCCUCCUUUCCCUUCCCUUCCCUUCCCUCCCCUCCCCUCCCCCUUCCCUCCGCCUCCCCAUCCCCUUCCCUCCCCCCACCCUAAGCCACCCCCGCCUCUGUCCUGGCCGCCUCAGGGCGCCCUGAGAGGACCAGGACAUGCCGGUGUGGUGGCUGCUCUUUUGGCUCCUCCUGCUGGGAUUUAUCAGCCAUCACCCCACCUAUGUUAUCAAUUCUCCACCUGAUCAUUUUCAUCCUGGGACUGACUUUUGUGGAAUUCCUUGGAUAGUUAUCAUUAUUGUGUUUCUGGGAAUUUCUACACUUGCUAUUUUCCUCUGGAAAACUAGCCUUUGUGUGUCUUUCCUCAAGACUGUCUUAAAGUCACAAAAUGUACAUGACGGAUCCACGGAUGUACAGCGGAAAGCCUGGAGGUCCAAUAGCCAUAGCCAGGAAGGGCUGAGGUCCAUCUGUAUGCACACAAAGAAAGGGGUUUCUUCCUUUCCAGGAAUUAAAAUUGGCCUAGAAGACCUCUUUACUUCACAGAGACAUAUGGAAGCCAAAGUUCGAGCUGAAGUCCAUAAGGUGACAAAGAAUGUCAACAGUCAUUACAAAAUCAAUGGACAUAGGAAGACUGCCAAAAAAAAGAAACUGUUUCAACGCAUGCAAGAGUUGCGGCGGCGGGCAGAGGACUACUACAGAUGCAAAAUCACCCGUUCUGCAAGAAAGCCUCUUGCCAACUCACUCUGUGCUCAAGCCUUGCAAAGGGGGAAGGCAGAGAGGAAGGCUGCCUACAAGCAGCACAGGUGUCAAAUGAGGCAAAAGCAGAGAGUCCCAGAGAGACACAUGAGUCAGGAGCCAGUCCAGGGACGACUGGGCCUAGAGAACCCUUUCUGGAUGGAUUCAGGACCUCAUUCGGUUCCCAUGAGGAACAGCAACGGCGUCCCAGCUGAAAACACAGAGAAGACAAAGGUCAGGAUGGUGGCAGUGGAGCACCAUCAUUCCUCAGGAUUGCGCUACCGGCCCUACCUCCCGGCUGAAACUUUAAGAAAAAGGAUAGGCCGCAAGCCACGUCCUCCUAUUCAGUGUGAUCUGAGAGGUCAACCACGUCCAUCAGUUAAAGGAUGUCUGAGACCGCUGACUCUUUCUCGACUACAGUGUCCACUAGGACCUCAACCACAUUCUACAACUGAUGAUUUUCUGAGAAGAGAGACACCUCAAGAUGAGUGUGCCCUGGGACCUGAUCCACUUCCUCGAGCUGAUGAUUUUCCGAGACUCAAGACACCUCCCGAGGGUCUUUUCAUACCAAUUUCCCCUUCUCCAGUUGAUGAUUCUCUGAGCCUCAAGACCCCUCCUGAGUGUCUUCUGGUACCCCUUCCACCUUCUCCAGUUGAUGAUUUUCUCACACCACAGGCACCUCCCAUCAAGCGUCAUCGCCUGGGACCUGUAGCAUUUCCUCGAGCUGAUGAUUUUAGGAGACCCAAGGAACCUCCUGACUGUUUUUUUGCACGCCUUCCACCUUCUCCAGUUGAUGAUUCUCUGAGCCUCAAGACACCUCCCGAAUGUCUUCUGGUACCCCUCCCACCUUCUCCAGUUGAUGAUUUUCUCACACCACAGGCACCUCCCAUCAAGCGUCGUCGCCUGGGACCUGUAGCAUUUCCUCGAGCUGAUGAUUUUAGGAGACCCAAGGAACCUCCUGACUGUUUUUUUGCACGCCUUUCACCUUCUCCAGUUGAUGAUUCUCUGAGCCUGAAGACACCUCCCGAGUGUCUUCUGGUACCCCUUCCACCUCCAGUUGAUGAUUUUCUCACACCACAGGCACCUCCCAUCAAGCGUCGUCGCCUGGGACCUGUAGCAUUUCCUCGAGCUGAUGAUUUUAGGAGACCCAAGGAACCUCCCGACUGUUUUUUCGUACCACUUCCACCUUCUCCAGUUGAUGAUUCUCUGAGCCUCAAGACACCUCCCGAGUGUCUUCUGGUACCCCUUCCACCUCCAGUUGAUGAUUUUCUCACAACAGAGGCACCUCCCAUCAAGCGUCGUCGCCUGGGACCUGUAGCAUUUCCUCGAGCUGAUGAUUUUAGGAGACCCAAGGAACCUCCUGACUGUUUUUUUGCACGCCUUCCACCUUCUCCAGUUGAUGAUUCUCUGAGCCUGAAGACACCUCCCGAGUGUCUUCUGGUACCCCUUCCACCUCCAGUUGAUGAUUUUCUCACACCACAGGCACCUCCCAUCAAGCGUCGUCGCCUGGGACCUGUAGCAUUUCCUUGAGCUGAUGAUUUUAGGAGACCCAAGGAACCUCCCGAGUGUCUUUCCGCACCCCUUCCACCUUCUCCAGUUGAUGAUUCUCUGAGCCUGAAGACACCUCCCAAGUGUCUUCUGGUACCCCUUCCACCUUCUCCAGUUGAUGAUUUUCUCACACCACAGGCACCUCCCAUUGAGCGUCGCCUGGGACCUGUAGCAUUUCCUCAAGCUGAUGAUUUUAGGAGACCCAAGGAACCUCCUGAGUGUUUUUUCGCACCCCUUCCACCUUCUCCAGUUGAUGAUUCUCUGAGCCUCAAGACACCUCCCGAGUGUCUUCUGGUACCUGUUCCACCUUCUCCAGUUGAUGAUUUUCUGAGACCACAAACACCUCCCGUCCAGUGUCACCUGAGACCUGUACCAUUUCAUCGAGCUGAUGAUAUCAGGAGACUCAAGAAACCUCCUGACUGUUUUGACUGUUUUUUGUUUUGUUUUGUUGUUUUUGUUUUUUUGUUUUUUUUUUUUUUUAUUCUGUGGCAGGAAGGGGCCUGGUGUGUUGUUGAUUCAAUUUAUUGAUCAUUUUUACAACACAUAAAUUCAUUUAAGUAUUGAUUGUGCACCUAUCAUAUGAUACACAUUUUUUCAUCACUCCCCCACUCCCAGAACCCUAAGCUUUUCUCACUGUUAGAACUGCUAGUUUAUUUGUAUUUCAGUCACUUUGACUAUAAACUCCUUUAGUGUAGGUGCUUAGAUUUUUUUCACUGCUUAGCCCCCAAUGCCUGUAUAGAGUAAGCUUUUUUUUUUUUUUUUGGUACCAAAUGCCCAAUGGCCAAUUUAUUCUGUUUCAAUAACAACUAGGCAUCAUUUUCAAAGGGCCAUAUACUGACAACAGACUGCCCAGAAAUUAUCUCCCUAUGUAGGAAAACUACAGAAGACAAGUUCUUAGACUUUUAAUGCCCAAUACAGUAGCCAUUAAUGACAGGUGACUACCGAGCCUUGAAAUGCGAUAGUCCAAAUUGAGAUGUGCUAUAAGCUUAAAUUACACACCACGUUUCAAAGCCAUAAGGCCAAAAACUGUAAAAUAGUCUAGUAAUUUUAUAUUUAUUAUAUAUUGAAAUGAUAUUUGGUAUUUUGGAUAUAUUGAGUUAAAUAAAAGUUAAAUUCACCUGUUUGGUUUUUUACUUUUAAAAUGUGAAUUCCAGAAAAAAUUUUUUUUUAUGAAGUAUUUAUUGAUGAUUCUUGGGUGUUUUUCGGAGAGGGGGAUAUGGCAGGGUCAUAGGAUGAUAGUGGAGAGAAGGUCAGGAGAUAAACACAUGAACAAAGGUCUCUGGUUUUCCUAGGCAGAGGUCCCUGCGGCCUUCUGCAGUGUUUGUGUCCCUGGGUACUUGAGAUUAGGGAGUGGUGAUGACUCUUAAAGAGCAUGCUGCCUUCAAGCAUCUGUUUAACAAAGCACAUCUUGCACCACCCUUAAUCCAUUUAACCCUGAGUUGACACAGCUGUUUCAGAGAGCAGGGGGCUGGGGGAAAGGCCAUAGAUCAUAGAGCAGGGGGCUCUCUGAAACCCCUGUUUCAGAGAGCAGGGGGCUGGGGGAAAGGCCAUAGAUCAACAGCAUCCCAAGGCAGAAGAAUUUCUCCUAGUCAGAACAAAAUGGAGUCUCCUAUGCCCACCUCUUUCUACACAGACACAGCAACAAUCUGAUCUCUCCUUCCUUUCCCCACACUUCCCUCCCUUCUCUUCAACAAAACCGCCAUCAUCCUCAUGGCCCGCUCCCGAUGUUCGCUGUCUCUUCGGAGCUGUUGGGUACACCUCCCAGACAGGGUGGCUGGGCAGAGGCGCUCCUCACCUCCCAGACAGGGCGGCUGGGCAGAGGGGCUCCUCACUUCCCAGAUGGGGAGGCUGGGUAGAGGCGCUCCUCACAUCCCAUAUGAUGGGUGGCUGGGUAGAGGCACUCCUCACAUCCCAGAUGGGGCAGCCGGGCAGAGGCGCUCCUCACAUCCCAGAUGAUGGGUGGCCGAGUAGAGGCGCUCCUCACAUCCCAGACAGGGCGGCCGGGCAGAGGCGCUCCUCACUUCCCAGAUGGGGCGGCCGGGCAGAGGCGCUCCUCACUUCCCAGACAGGGCGGCCGGGCAGAGGCGCUCCUCACUUCCUCCCAGACGGGGUGGCAGCCAGGCAGAGGCGCUCCUCACUUCCCAGACGGGGCUGCCGGGCAGAGGCGCUCCUCACUUCCUCCCAGAUGGGGUGGCAGCCAGGCAGAGGCGCUCCUCACCUCCCAGAUGGGGUUGCCGGGCAGAGGCAGUCCUCACUUCCCAGACAGGGUGGCUGGGCAGAGGCGCUCCUCACCUCCCAGACGAUGGGCGGCCGGGCAGAGGUGCUCCUCACUUCCCAGAUGGGGCAGCUGGGCAGAGGCGCUCCUCACUUCCUCCCAGAUGGGGUGGCAGCCAGGCAGAGGCGCUCCUCACCUCCCAGAUGGGGCUGCCGGGCAGAGGCACUCCUCACUUCCCAGACGGGGUGGCUGGGCAGAGGUGCUCCUCACCUCCCAGAUGAUAGGCGGCCGGGCAGAGGCACUCCUCACUUCCCAGAUGGGGCGGCCGGGCAGAGGCGCUCCUCACUUCCCAGAAGGGGCAGCCGGACAGAGGCGCUCCUCACUUCCUCCCAGACAGGGUGGCAGCCAGGCAGAGGCGCUCCUCACUUCCCAGAUGGGGCUGCCGGGCAGAGGCGCUCCUCAAUUCCCAAACGGGGUGGCCGGGCAGAGGUGCUCCUCACCUCCCAGACGAUGGGCGGCCAGGCAGAGGCGCUCCUCACUUCCCAGACGGGACAGCCGGACAGAGGCGCUCCUCACUUCCUCCCAGACGGGGUGGCAGCCAGGCAGAGGCGCUCCUCACUUCCCAGAUGGGGUGGCCGGGCAGAGACGCCCCUCACCUCCCAGAUGGGGCGGCCGGGCAGAGGUGCUCCUCACUUCCUCCCAGAUGAGGUGGUGGCCAGGCAGAGGCGCUCCUCACCUCCCAGAUGGGGCGGCCAGACAGAGGUGCUCCUCAUCUCCCAGACAGGGCGGCCAGACAGAGGUGCUCCUCAUCUCCCAGACAGGGCGGCCGGGCAGAGGCGCUCCUCACUUCCCAGACGUUGGGUGGCCAGGCAGAGGCGCUCCUCUUCUCCCCGACAGGGCGGCCAGGCAGAGGUCCUCCUCACUUCCCAGAGGAGGCAGCCGGGCAGAAGCGCUCCUCACUUUCCAGACGGGGCGGCCAGGUAGAGGUGCUCCUCACUUCCCCGACGGGGCAGCCGGGCAGAGGCGCUCCUCACAUCCCAGACGAUGGGCAGCCAGGCAGAGACGCUCCUCACUUCCUAUACAGGAUGGCGGCCGGGCAGAGGCGCUCCUCACUUCCCAGACGGGGCAGCCAGGCAGAGGGGCUCCUCACAUCCCAGACGAUGGGCGGCCAGGCAGAGAUGCUCCUCACUUCCUAGACUCGGUGGUGGCGGG